GUAGGGUAAGGACUCCAUUUGUUCUUGCUUUAGGGCUUCUCAGAGGUUAUAUAUAGCACAAUUAACCCCAUGAAAAGAGAGUCACCUUAAGACUUGGACAGGUGCAUGCAGGCUAGUUAAUGGCCGACUUGCAGAUUGUUCCGGCAGGCAAGCAUGUGGAGGCCCAGUAUGUGGAGAUGAAGGUGCCACUCUACUCCUAUGGCUGUGAGAAGAAGAUUAAGAAGGCUUUGUCACAUUUGCGAGGGAUACACUCAGUCCAUGUUGAUUACCAACUUCAAAAGGUGACAGUAUGGGGGAUAUGCAACAAAUAUGAUGUGCUUGCCACCAUUAGGAAGAAGAGAAGGGAAGCUCGCUUCUGGGACCAGAUGGAGACAGAGGUUAAGAGCAAGGUUGCUGAGGAAGAGGCUGAUGCUGAAAAAGCUCCCCGCCGUGCAACUAUAAGCAUGCGCAAGUUUAGGAAGUCAUGGAAGAAACUGCUCCCUCUAGUCCUAUAUUAGAAACAAUGUUUGCCACAUCCCCCUGUACAUGUGAUUCAUAAGACAAUAUGAUGGACAGUAUGGCAUCUCUCUCUCUCU